AUGAAAGUGCUUCGAAUCCAGCCAGCCCAUUCGGCUGAAGGCGAGGAACAACCUAGCUGCUGGGCACCACCUCAGUGUAGCGAGUGUAACGACAUUGCGCGGAGACCGGCACAACAUUGGACUGUCCUUGCGGCCCACGCAGCAGCUAACGAAGGCAUGCGGUUCGGUAUGGGGAUGGAUUUGGCCCCCACCAGAGUCAACGUCGUGGCUCCUGGAGCGGUGACGACACCACUCUUAGAGAGACUGCCUGCGUCAGGGUGGGAAAGGUGGAGGAGACAGUUAUUGACGGAGGAACUGGGAAAGGCGGAGGAUGUGGCACAGGCUUACAUCUACUCGAAGGACAGGUCCGCCACCGGAGCUCUGAUCGAUAGUAGCGACGGAAGGUUGUUCAGUUAG